GUAAAGCCAUUGGAUGGUGUGAAAAUUCUUGAUUUAACAAGGGUGCUUGCAGGGCCCUUUGCCACAAUGAAUUUAGGAGAUCUAGGUGCUGAAGUUAUCAAAGUGGAAAGACCAGGAGCUGGUGAUGAUACAAGAGCCUGGGGCCCACCUUUUGCUGGAACAGAAAGUGUUUAUUUUCUCAGUGUUAACAGAAAUAAAAAGAGUAUAGCUAUCAACAUGAAGGAUUUGAAAGGAGCAAAGCUAAUCAGAGAGCUUGCAGCAGUGUCUGAUGUUUUUGUGGAAAACUACAUCCCUGGGAAACUGGCUGAAAUGGGUCUAGGUUACGAAGACAUUAAAAAGAUUGCUCCUCACAUAGUGUACUGUUCGAUAACAGGUUACGGUCAGACUGGUCCAAUGGUUCAGAGAGGUGGAUAUGACUCCAUUGCAGCUGCUGUUUCUGGUCUCAUGAAUAUCACAGGGCAUGAGUAUGGUGAGCCAGUUAGACCAGGAGUAGCCAUGACAGACCUUGCUACUGGAUUGUAUACAUAUGGAGCAAUUAUGGCUGGUUUACUUCAGAGGUAUAGAACGGGGAAAGGAUUGCACAUCGACUGUAAUCUCUUGUCAUCUCAGGUUGCAUGUCUCACUCAUGUAGCAGCCAGUUACCUGAAUUGCAAAAUUGAAGCAAAACGCUGGGGUACUGCUCAUGGGAGUAUUGUUCCGUACCAGGCUUUUAAGACCAAGGAUGGCUACAUCGUGGUGGGAGCUGGAAACGAUCAGCAGUUUGUCACUGUGUGCAAGAUCCUGAAUUUGCCUGAAGUUAGUAAGGAUUCCAGAUACAAAACUAAUAUGCUCAGAGUCCAGAACAGAAAGGAACUUAUUGACAUAUUGUCAACCCGGUUUUCAGAAAAAGCAACGAUCGAAUGGUUGCAGCUCUUUGAAGGUAGCGGGGUUCCAUAUGGCCCAAUCAACAAUAUGCAAGAAGUAUUCUCGGAUCCUCAGGUGCUUCACAAUGGACUUGUGAUGGAAAUGAAUCAUCCGACAGCUGGGAGGAUAGCUGUUCCAGGACCAGGUGUCAGAUACAGUGAAUUUGCUAUAUCACAUCCCAAACCACCUCCACUUGUUGGACAGCAUACAAUGGAGAUACUGAAGGGCUUGCUGGGGUACCAGGAUGAUGCCAUAGAAGAACUGCUCCGCACUGGUGCUGUGGCUCAGCAUGAGGUCAGAUAA